AUGGAGCCGUCUAUUGCAUGUCUCAUGCUGUCAGGCCGCCGACUAACCUUUCUGUUCUGCUUACUACUUUCACAUCAGAAAGCUGCCGAUAGCUUCGGACUCAGUUCCGGACUACUGCGGUAUACAAUUAUUGAGCUUGAGUGUUUAAGUAAGAUAGGCCGUAAAGAGGUAGGCUGUACGUGUCACGUUCACAAGUAUGACGGUGGAAAGUUCACUGAGAGGAUAAUUUGA